AUGUAUGUGAAAUGGUUUGAUACAGUAAUGUAAUACUAUCAGAUUUUAGUGUAUUGAGUGAAUGUCACAUUUUAAAUUUUUGAAUUUCCUGCCGGUUCCGUCCCUGUACGACCCGGAACGGAACACGGAAGACGGAUGCUGGCAUUGUUCGGAGGAGAUGGCUGGGGACGCUUCAGGGGGGACAUCGCGGGAGCGCAGGACAAGGUAAGUGCAGGAGGGAUCCCAGAGCAACGCUGCAUUGUAAUCCCAAAUUUAGCUGGGGUUACCGCUUCUGGUACUGAAAGUUAACCCCGAACUACACUCAGGAAUACCGCCAGGGGGUUAAU